GAGUUUCAUGUGAAUUCUAAUUUACAUUUUCACCAUAGAAAUCAUCCACAUUCAAGCAUUUCAGCAAAAAUGUUACAACUUUUAUUCGUACUUUUAUCAAUAGAAUUAACAGUAAUUCUAAUCCUAUCAUUUGCAAAUCCAAUAAGAAAACUAAUGGUGAAAGUGUUAGAUAUUUUGAAACGUGGAAGAGGUCCAUUAAUCACAAAAACCGUAGCAACAACUGUGUUUGUUGUUUUUGGUUCCACCAUAUAUACUAUACUCAAAAUCCAUAAACGUUCAAUGGAUUCUGGCAGUGUUAAUCCAACAGAAGAAGUUCUAAUGGCACAUCAUCUCUUAGAAGCAUCUCUAAUGGGUUUUUCUUUGUUCUUUGGAUUGAUUAUUGAUAGGCAACAUUACUAUGUUAAAGAGAUUACUUCUCUGAGGAAGAAUAUGGAAAAGGUGAAGAAAAUAAGGCAGAAUCAUGAAUCAUCUGAGGAAAGAGAGAUAGAGGAAAUUGAGAUGAAAAAGAUUAAUUAAGUGAAAUGUGAGAUACAAGUUUCACAUUGUCAUAAUCAAUGAAAUGGUUUAAAGCUUAUGAAGUAUGGUGUACUAUAAUGAUUGAAUUUGAUACAUGUAUAUAAUUGUUGAAAUCAUGUAUGUAUUUGAAAGAUUUAUUUUAAAUUUUAAGUAAUGAUUAUUGAA